AUGCAUGGGAAAACGCAGUCGUCUUCGGAACGACCGCAAAAGGCGUCGUCGUCGUGCGGCAUGCACAUCUCCGGCUUCUACAUGUGGUCGAAGCAGCACAGUGUGAUGAGUUCGCUCUGUGGCUGCUUCUCGAAGCAUUCCGAAUUCAAGCCGCUCUACGCAUCCAGCAUUGCGGAUUCCAGUGAUUAUGAUGAUUACUAUGAGGACGAAAACAACGGCGGAUUGAUCCCGCAGAAUGUUUCGGAGCCAGAUUUCAGUCGCCUUCGUCGUGAUCAGGAGCAAGGUAGGCCACUGGUGAAGUUAUUAUUCCACUUUUUUGUUUUCAUUUUUUGUAUUUAUUUAAGGUUGUAA